UAUCAUUUUGUGCUCAUUUGGGUUUUCUGUUAGCUAGUAUUCUGUCCAGUCGUUCGUCACUUGUAUUUAAAACUUCCUUUACCCAUUUUCGUUUUAAGGCAAAAGAUCAAAACGAGCGACGAACGACGACAACGACGACGAAAGAUUUAAAGACGAUUUAAAAAAAAAAAUAAACGCAGUAUGCAUAGCAAAAAUACGAAUGCACUUUUUUUUUACCAUGCACACUAACACACUCUAACAACAUAAGUUUUAUAUGCAUUUUUCUCUCAAUGUUAACCGAGAGUAGUACCACGCUGCCUCGCAAAAAAAAAUAGGGAGCUUUUUUUUGGCGCUUUUAAGAAAAAUCUUUAUCAGUGUGCAAUUUUUUUUUUUUUUCCCUAUUCAUAUGGUGUUCUUCGCAAAUACCUACAACACGGAUAACUUCGUUUGUGGUGUGUGAGUAGCCAGCGAUAUUGAUGUGGGGGUUUUUUUUUUUCUUCUUACCAUCAUCAUAAUAUAAAAUGAGAGCGUGUUUAAAGGGGAAACAACAUUUAUUCAAGUCAAAAGGAAAAACCUGCCAUUGCCAUGGAUCAGAAAAAGGGAAUGAAGCUUGUGCACAGUUCUCAUUCCCACCAUUACCACCACAAUCCAACAACUAUUCUUAUAAUCAAGAAAGUUGCACAUUAUACGACAAACGAACAAGGUUUCUCACACAUUGGCAGUAAUGCAGAAAAAUGCACUCGCCAAAUACAUACAAAGCAAUUGGUUUUUUUUUUUUUUGUAUUCAUUUUGUAUUUAAUCCCCGCGAGUGUAAUCAUACCUAGAAGAUGUCGGUUGUUCCACCACUAAGUGCAUUCGAUGCGUUCAAAGGGGUGAUAUUAAGUUAGGAGCUAUACGACCGACGACGUAGUUGUACGUGUAAGUGCGGUUGUUUGGUAGCGUCUUGCGUGUUCAAGUGCACUCUCCCGCAUACAUUGAGGCGGGAAAGCUUCAUUAAAAAAUGUGGAAACAUUGUGCAGAAAUACAAAAAAAAAAACCAGCUAAAAAAAACUGCACUGGUUGGAAACAAAUAAUAAAAAAAAAAAAUGUAGAAGAACAAAAAAAUUAUGAUAAAAAAGGAAAUUAUAUCGCAUGCGCUUCUAUGCCUAUCACAACAACACACAUUGGAAAAGUAUUUUCUUCAUCAUCAUCAUCAUCAUCAUUGUUAAUGUUGUUGUCCGUCGACUGUUGGCGUUGCUGCCAUUCGUUUAUUGUGCGUGGAAGACUUGAUUUUUCGCCGUUUGUUUUUCGCUCUUCCCUAGUUUGCUUUUUCCUCCUCAUCAUCCGUCGUCGUCGUCUCAUGCAAUUGCUGUCGCUGCUGCUCGCCUGCCUGCUGCUGCAACUGCAACUGCAACUGGCUACUGCUGUUCUGUUUCUGUUGUUGAAAGCCGCGCCGCUCUCAAAUAGAACAUAGAUGUGUUUUAAUUGUUCGCUCUGCAUACAGUCGCAUACAAACAACGCAUCCGAUAUGCAGCGGAAUGCAUUUUCGGACGCGACCCGAGUCGAUCCGAGUAGCGUCCGAUCGCGCUCUAUCAAUAAAAAGUUAUUAUUGCAAUGCCAGCAGCAGCGGCUGCUAUCAUUUUUGUUCUUGUUGUUGUUGUUGUUAAUAUCGUUUAUGUCUGUUUUACAAAUAUUGUAUAUGUAUGGGUUUUCAUGGCUGUUGUCGUUUUGAGCGGAUCACAGAACGGCGAUCCGAUCAGCUUAGAACGUGUUGCUGAGGAGUUAAUGGGACACAGAAAAUGGAAGCAAUACCAAGAAGCUCUUAUGCGAACCCAAUUUAGUGCAGAUGUCACAAAUCUAGACGACCAUAUCGAUAUAUCAAAUCAUAAAGACGAGCAAAUAUCGGAAAAUAUUAAAACAAGCUUUCAUCGGAAACCGUUUGAUAACUAUGUACCCAAUUUCAAAGCAUUCGAUGUAAGGGACAAAUCCUUGAUAUCAUCGUUAACAAAUCUAGAUAAGGUUAAAAAUACUUUAGUUGUAUCAAAAACAUGUCUUGAAACUAAAAAUAGUACAACUCUAUCACAUAAUAUAAAUUGUAAAAAAAGCGAGGACAAUAUUGACAGCGUGUCUGAACCACCUACAAGCCCGAAAGAACCACCAUUAGAAGCUGUCGAUUGGAAACCAAAUGUAAAGUGUAAUUUUUGCGAAGACGGUAAACUCCUCAUCGUGAACGAGAAGGGCGAAUUAGUGGCAGAGUCCAGCCCGGCUUUGUCCGAGGCAGACCACGCCAUUAGAUUACGGUCAGGAGAGACGGAAAGUGACUCCAGUGGUGGUGUGGUACCAGAUACGCAGGUGGAUGUUGAUAAAGUUCUUACAACGGAACUUAAAGACUCAGUGCCACCAAAUAUGACAUCACUGGAGUCGAUGGCAGCGCAAUGGCCAGGGCUCCAAUCAGGCUUGGGGCAGUUGUAUCCUUGCAUAUUGUACAAUUUAACUCAACACGUGAGCUCGGCUACACCAACUACCUCAGAGACAUCUGCCGCCGCUAUCAGUCCUUCACUAAAGGAUUCACCGAGUCCCAGUGAUCUGACGGGUGAACAGCCAUUAGAUCUAAGUUCCAAGCCAUCACCGAAUUCUUCAAUAGGUGGAGAUGCGAGGUAUUUAUAUUCGCACCGAGCCAAAACUCGUAUGGUGCCAAUAAGUGGACGUCGUACUUACACCGAAGAAGAAUUAAAUAAUGCAUUGCAGGAUAUUAUAAGUGGGAAGUUAGGUACACGCCGAGCUGCCGUACAAUACAACAUUCCGCGUUCUACAUUGCGUAACAAAGUGUAUAAAAUGUCUUCUAGGGCUAAGCGAAUGACACCUACAUCACUGCAACAUCUGACAAGUCUUGAAGACUUAGCUGACGUUGAUUACGACAAAAAUGAUUUGUCAGCUGACGAAGAAGACAGCAAUGGUGAUAAGGUUCAAAAUACUUCAUUAACGCCGCAUACCAGUGAUGAUCUUGCCAGUCGCUUUGCUGACGUAAGCGUUCAAAAAAUUAACUUUGAACAAAAAUGCACUACACCUCAACAACCUCAAUGUCAGCCAAUUGAUAUUGACGCUCAAACAAAGACAAUAUCACAAGAGUCACAGCCAAAGCAAAGAGUAUCAUCGCCACAACUUCCACUACAACAACAACAAUCAUCUCCGAUUGGACAAAAUGCUUGGCAAAAUGUUUUAUUGCAUAGUUUACUUCUUUCUCGUGGCCUUCCUAUGCAAGAAAAUUUUGAAGAGGCUGUCCAAUUUUUGAAUGCUUUGCUUUUAAAGCAGGAUCAAGGCCUUCUUAAUCCACAACUUUUAAUGCAACUUCAACAGCAAUCACAGCAACAGCCCAAGCAACAAAUACACCAAAUUGCUAAGAAGCAACAACAACAACAACAAAGCAUGCAAUCAAAUUCAGUUGCAGUUCUCACGCAACAAGCAGCCUCUUUUCAAGAUCGUCUACCUAAGUCUGAAACACCAGAAACUGAAUCUUCUUCAGUGGAUCUAAAUGAGGCAUUUGGUGAUGAUCCAUCAGUUAUUUUAAAAAUUCCGUCCUACAAACCGGUAGCCUUGUUCUCCGCUUCAACAUCUUUACCUACAUCGGCAUCUGUGUUAUCCAAUAACAAAAAUUUUGAAAAUAUGCCGCUGUGUUCGCCACAAAUUUCCAAUGCAUUGACCUUAGCGGGAUCCAAUACACCUACGCAACAGCUAUCACAAAACCACCAUCGUCAUCAACAACACUACCAUUCAUCCGUAUCAUCAACCAACAACAUUCCUGUUACAUCUCCACCUCUGAGAUGUCAUACGAGUGGGGAAUCUCAAUCGCCCCCCACACUAUCCCUACGCGAUGUUAUUGCCAAUAGUAUAAGCAGAACAUUCAAUCAACAAGCUAAAAUUGAAGCUUCAAGUUCAAGUCCUGCACAUUCUACAUCAUCAGCUAAGGAUUACAGUGACCAUUACAAACGGCCAAGCAUAUCAGUUAUAAAAAACAUUGGUGGCACUGACACUUCACGUUUUGCCACAGCUCCCAAUAUGUUGGGCAGUCAUCUUAACUCCAAUCAUCACCAUCAGCAUCACAACCAAAAUCUAGCCAAUAGCAAUUUAGCUGUUGGCAAAGGGACUCGUCCAAAACGGGGCAAAUAUCGUAAUUAUGAUCGUGAUAGUCUUGUUGAAGCUGUCAAGGCAGUACAACGCGGCGAAAUGUCUGUUCAUCGUGCUGGUAGCUACUAUGGGGUUCCGCACUCAACCCUCGAGUACAAAGUUAAAGAACGACAUUUGAUGAGGCCUCGAAAAAGAGAACCAAAAACACAACCAUCAUUAGAUGACCGGACAGGAGAAACCAGCUCAAGUUGCAACAUUUCCGGUUCAACAAUAAAUAAUCCAAAAACCUCAAAUAUUGAAGGCCUUUCUGCUAUUAGCAAUUUGGAAACCUACAGUAAAAACAGUAGUAAUUCAAACACUAGCAUCAACCAAACACAGUCUGCCACUGACAAAAGCAAUUCCCCAUUCCCCAAAACAUCACCAAAUGGCAUGAAAAUACCUCCGGCGUUGUUUGAGCAAAGCUUAGCAGCCCAAUUGCAGUAUCCACCCCACCUAUUUUGGCACGGAGGUUUUGGACCUCUACAAAUGGAUUUUAGCGCAAGAUCACAAGCUGCCGCUGUAGCGACUGUUGCUGCUGCAACAAUGGCUAGCUCUGGCAGUGGGGCGUUUGCCUCAAAUUCAGAAUUACUUAAAUCCCAAAUAAUGCAAAGAAUUCAUGAAGAGCAUGGAACGUCGGGGUCAAAUGCAAUAGCAAGUCCGCCUCUGCAACAAGUUUUAGAAAGUUCGAGUAGUAGUACGAAUAGCAAAAAUGUUCGAGAUAUUGCUGAUAACCUAUAUAAUGAGUCCGGUGGUAGCGGUGCAAAUGGGUCAUUUUUAGAUGGCAUCAUUCGCAAAACAUUGGACCGCAAAAGUUCCGAAUCAUCAAAGCAAGGCGGCUUACUAGAUCAAUUAGUUAAGAAUAAACAAAGCAUACCUUCCCGAUUAAUGCUGAACAAUGCUGAGCGUGAGCGUGAGCGUGUUACAGCAGAUUAUCAAAAGAUGAAGCGUUCCGGAAGCUCCGUGCAAUAUCAUCAUUCAAUAGAGAUUAAACGUGAGCGUUCCAGUCCCAUACCAGAUUUUUCAAAUUCUGAUUCAGAGCAAAAAAAUAAUCAACUUUACUCUGGCUCAGAACAACUACCAACCUCCAUACCAGACCACCAUUUAGUGACUGGAUUAGAUCAAAAUUCAACUAGCGAAAAGAAUGAUAAUAACCAACAACAGGAUAUGUCUUCUUUUAGACCAAGCCACAGUCAUAUGUUGGCGGCGGCAGCGGCGGAAAGUGUAUCCACGACCUCAAAAUCCGUGUUGCACAUUAGUAAUCGGCAUUCAAAAUUAGAACAUAUAAAGUCCGAAACAGAGGAUAGCUUAUAGAGAAAACUUGAUAUAUCGCAAGUUGAGAUAAAUAAUUUGUAAUAAAUUAUAAUAACAAAAAUACAUGUAAUUAUUUGGAAUUAAGACCUAGUAUAACAGCCUUUUUUU